ACCUGGAAGGUGGAACUUGUGGGAUAAAAUUGCUUUUUUGAUUUCUUAUAGCCUCUAAAAGGUUUUCUUUACUUAAAAUACAAGUGAGUCCUAUAAGCACAUGCUGAGAGUUACAAAGAUGGGUAAUAUUUAAAGUGUAUCAAUGGUGUACCAAUUGACUACUGACUAGUACUUUGAAGCCCAUUUGGCUGAGAUGGAAAGCAAUAAGAAUAAGGGUAACCUUGUGCUGGAAUCAAAUAUCUCCUUUAGUGAAAAAGAUGCUGGGAUUCUGGGAGGAAAGGAGAAAGGAGGAAACAAUAAGAAACUGCAGGAAACAUCCUCGGACUCCACUCCAUAUUCUUCUCCAACUCCCCAUUGGCCUGCAUCCUCAUUCCAGACCCCAGAAAAGACCUUUUGGCUUGGAUCUCCAUUGACAAAUGAUGUUUUUGAGAGCAUUCCCCUAAGGAUCUCUAGUCAAGCUACACCUCCUCUCAGAAGUUGCAGAGAUAGUCCUGACCAGAAGGCAAAUGGCUCCUUGGGGCUGAGUCCUUUGUCACAAUCUUUCAUUGGCAUCUCUAGAACCCCAGUAGUAUCCUGGAAAAACUUUCAACUUUGUGACUCUCCAUGUACCCCCACGAGCCUGCUGACAAGUAAUAUGUGUUCCUCUGGAAAGCCAUCUACAAGAAAUUCUAAGCACACCCGAUGUACAUCUUCCAUGAGCACAUAUCAGAUGUCUUCACCAGUUCAGGUUAAUGUGAACCCAUUCACCCCAGAAUCCUACAGGAGGAUGGUCUCCCAAUCCAGUGGCAAGAGGAAAAUAAGGGAAGAGCCUCAGGUAUCUGACUUCUCUGAAGACAAUGAAGAGCAAGGGCUUCCUGCCAAGAGAUAUGUCACAAGAGAAAGCAACAUGGCUUCCCGAUAUGAAAAGGAAUUCCUGGAGUUAGAAAAAAUUGGGGUAGGAGCAUUUGGUUCUGUCUACAAGUGCAUCAAGAGGCUGGAUGGAUAUAUUUAUGCUAUUAAACGCUCAACAAGACGUUUGGGAGGAUCCACAAAUGAACUCUCAGCUUUGCGAGAAGUUUACGCACAUGCAGUGCUGGGACAGCAUCCCCACGUUGUCCGUUACUAUUCUGCAUGGGCAGAGGAUGACCAUAUGAUCAUUCAGAAUGAGUACUGUAAUGGUGGGAGCUUGCAGGCUGCUGUGUCUGAAAAUGAGAAACUUGGCCGUUUCUUCCAAGAGCCAGAACUCAAGAAUAUGCUCCUGCAAAUCUCCAUGGGGCUAAAAUAUAUCCACCACUCAGGCCUGGUGCAUCUGGACAUCAAGCCCAGUAACAUUUUCAUCUGUAAAAAACAAGAAGAUGAUAUCCCAUAUGUCUCAGAAGAAGGAGAGAAUGAAGAUGACUGGUUCCUUUCUGCUAAAGUGAUGUAUAAAAUUGGUGAUUUGGGCCUUGUUACUUCAAUCCAGAGCCCCCAAGUAGAGGAGGGAGAUAGUCGCUUCUUGGCCAAUGAGGUUUUACAAGAGGACUAUCGAUUCCUGCCCAAAGCAGAUGUGUUUGCCCUUGGAUUGACAAUUGCUGUAGCUGCAGGGGCAAAGUCAUUACCAACCAAUGAUGAGCCUUGGCACCGUAUCCGUAGAGGCAACCUUCCAGCUCUCCCACAGAAGCUCUCUAAAGACUUUUACAAUUUGCUUAAGUAUAUGAUCCAUCCUAAGCCAGAAGAGAGGCCGACAGCAGCAGCUUUGGUUAGGAACACAGUCAUCAGACCGUUUUUGAGUAUAACUGCAAAGCUUCAGAAGGAGCUGGACAGAGAAAAAUCUAAGACGGCCAAGUUAGAGAGGGAACUGAAAGAAGUUCAUCUUGCCCAGAGCCACCAAGAAGAUACCAGUCAACGUUCUCUUGCACUUCUUGGACUCCUCGCCAAAACUGGGUCAAGUAGCUCCAGUAGAUUGGUGGGAGGGAAAGUCAAAAGAUCACACAGUUUCACUUUUGGAAAAUCUAAGUAAGUCUAGACCUGUUCAUCUUCCACAUAACCUCUGGAAGAGCUCCAUUUCGUGCUAACCAGCCCCACUUUGAAGGUAGGCCCUAGAAACAUUUGACGAUUCCUCCAAACUGAAACUUGACACCAAUUAUUGCUGCUCUAAAAUGGAAAAGUAGCCAGUAGGAAUGAUUGCAACUUCCCGAUACAUUCUGGAUUUUGUAUGCUAAGUCUAGUUUUAAUUAUAAAGGUAUAUUGGCUUUUCAACUGGAUACAGACUUGGAAAAAAAUUAAUUGGUAGGCAUUUCUUUCUGCCUACUCUUACACCAUAGAUGCCACUAUUCAAUGUAUUCGAGCGAAGGCAUAAAAAAGCUUUUGGAUUCUAAGAGAUUGAUGAAAUGGCAAGAUAUUUAAAUGACUUUCCAGGCUGAGAGAUGGUUAUCAGAUCACUUUCAAAAAGAUCCUUGGAAGAUAUUUUGCCUAGAGAGAAAUGGAAUCUUUGCCUUGUGCUUAGAUUUUUGGAAAUAAGGUUAGUAGACUUUAGUAAUGCCUGAUCCCAACAAUUCCUAAUGGGUUUGGAACUAGUGAUUCUUCUAAUAUGUUUUUUUGAGGGAGAGAACAUUUUCUGUUCUUCCUAUAGUUACAUGAAUAGUCUAGCCUUUAAUUGAAAUGGGAAGUUAUAUUUGCAAAUAGGAAUACCUGUGAGAUUGCCAACAAGCUGUGAUGAAACAUUGGAAGAGGAAUCUGAUUUUGCUGUCUUGUCACAAUUUUACUCUUUCUUUCUGGUGUUUGGCUUUAAUUUCCCUCUCCCUUUUGAAUCACUAGUUUCUUUUGAUUUUAAAACUUGAAUUUGGCUUUGUUCCUAGUGAUUUUUAAAAACAUUAAUUUUAUUCGAGUGUUUCCCCUU